GGAGACAAUUGGUUGGUCCGUCAUAUUCGAAGUCGAGAUGAGUGCUGCGAUGACGAUGCUUGGUGGGCUGUUGCGCCGCCAAGGGGUGCGGUCGAUGUCGUCGUGGAAGAAGGCUCCGUUCUCCGUGAAGGAUCAAGAGCUUCUUCUCCAAGUGGUGCAAUCCGUGCAUGAAACGCAAGGUGCUGGUGCGAAUCUCACAAGUGUGUUGUCGACGUUCGUCGUGCCCGCCGAGGCUGCGUUUCCCAAGGAAUUGCAUGGCGUCAAGUUCCCCUUGGAGGACUUGCGAAGUCAAUACUGUCUUGAGCGGUUGGAUGGCUGGGUCGCCCAAGAAUUGGACACAUACGGCAUUGUGUGGGUCCCUGAGGUCGUGCAGCCCAAGAAGUGGACGAAGAAGGCGAGAAAAGCGGCGGCGGGCAACAAGGAGACUGUCCUCCAAGAGUAGAUCGACUAACUGGAUCCAAACGCAUUAGUGCUGAAUUCGUUUGAAGUGGACACGUGACUAGAUACAUCGAUGGUUGAUUCUUCGUGAAGGAAUAGCCGACGGUCAUAAUGAAUCCUCGUUAUACCAUGCAACUCCA